GUGAGCAGCGACGUAGGAACAUCUAAAAGACUCAUUCUACCGGUCGGGCAUCCUGUUUCUGCACAGAAUAGAGCUUCUGCCCGGCCCCUGUGUCAGACCAAGGACUCGCGGCAGAGUGUGUCCCUAUGGGGAGAUCCGGCCACCCCGGGCUCUGACUAUAAUCGUAAGGUCCAAAAAAUUACUGAUGUGUGA